AUGACUUUCGCAAGGCCAAUUGUUAGCGUUUUUCCAUCCAAUGAUUCUACAAAGGCUGUUUCCAGCAUUCCUUUACCAACCGUCUUUGUUUCUCCACUAAGACAUGAUCUUGUUCGUUAUGUUUUUACCAAUAUGUCCAAGAACAAGAGACAAGCUUAUGGUGUUUCUACUAAAGCAGGUCACCAACAUUCCGCUGAGUCAUGGGGUACAGGUAGAGCCGUUGCUCGUAUUCCUCGUGUUUCUGCUUCUGGUACUAGCAGAUCAGAAGAUAUUGGCAAUCCGUCUUUCUAUUGGAUCAUGAUUGAAUCAAAUUUUGAUGGAGCGAACCGCCAGGGUGCUUUUGGUAACAUGUGUCGUGGUGGUCAUAUGUUCAGUCCAAACAAGACUUACAGAAGAUUCCACAGAAAGAUCAACACUACUGAAAAGCGUCAUGCAGUUGCAGCAGCUAUUGCAGCUACUGGAUGCCCAUCUUUGGUAAUGGCUCGUGGACACCGUAUCAAUAAUGUCCCAGAAUUACCCUUAGUUAUCUCCAAUGAAAUCCAGAACAUCAACAAAACAAGUGCUGCUGUUGAAUUCUUUAAGAAUUUCGGUCUCGAAGAGGAAAUGAAACGUAUUGAAUCUUCUAUUGCCAUCAGAUGUGGUAAGGGUAAGAUGAGAAACAGAAGAAGAGUCUGUGCUGUAGGUCCAUUGAUUGUUUAUGCUGAAGAUAAUGGUAUUGUUAAGGCCAUGAGAAACAUUAAGGGUGUUGAUACAUGUUCAGUUGAGCGUCUUAACCUAUUGAGACUUGCCCCAGGAGGCACCUUCGGUCGUCUUACCAUCUUCACCAAGGACGCUAUUAAGAGACUCCAGGAAAUUUAUGGUAGCUAUACUCAUGGAUCAUCAUCAAAGGUUGGAUACACAUUACCACGUCCAGCAAUGACUAAUGCUGAUAUUAGCCGUAUCAUUAAUUCCACUGAAGUUCAGUCUGUACUAAGACCAUUACGUGGAUUCAGAUGUAUGGGUGGCAUUAAAAGAACUAAGACUUUGAAGAAUAACUUGACUAAUCUUUCAAAGAGAGCAUGCUUAAACCCAGCAUACACUAGUCUUAGAAAGAGUGCAAGAUUAGCACAAAUCCCAGGCACUAGACUCCAUGCAAUUAAACAACGUCAAAAGGCAGCAAACCGUGCUCUUAAGAAGUCAAUUAAACAGAAAUCUGAAACAGCUCUCGCUGCUAAGGCCUUAUCUGGUCCUAACCAAAAUUAA